UAAAUUGGCUUUGGUUGUCAGGUGGUGGCUCAAAUGAGGGAGAUGUUGAAUAAAGAUAACCAGAAUCUAGCUACAAACUCAUUCUUGCUGGAUGAUGAUUUAAGCAUACCCUUUUCUACCGAAGAUAUAUCAAAAGCCAUCCCAGCUACAGAUCCAAUGGAUGUCAAAAUCCCAGCCUGCCUAUCAAAUGUUCCUGCUGCUAAGUUCUUACUCGAUGGUACUACAGAAACUUGUUUGACACCUCUUGCUGCUGCUUGAGUCAACAGCGUUACUUUCUGAGGUAUGAUCUAGUUCUGUAUUCAGAGCUCACGGCACCUAUUCUUGUACAACUUUGUACAUGGAAGACAACAGGGAAGACACUUACUCGGGAUAAAUCAUAACAAGAUAAUGGUACAUCAUUGGCAAAUCCUUUCUUCCGUGGUCUUCCAUAGCAAAGUCCUAUUUUGUAAAGGGGGAAAGGGUUUGCAGGUUUGGGCGAAGUAAAUUUGUGUUGGGAAUUGUCAAUAUUGUGAUGCUUAUUUCGGUUCCACAUAGUGAAAAUCAAGGUUGACCGUAGUUUUUAUCAUGGCUGGCCUUAUAAAUGAUGUAGUAUCUAGUGUUCAUACAUCAGAUCUGUAAUUUACUUGUCAUUUGUCUGUACAUAUACGUAGGUAUUGCAGGCGCAUUACUUUGUAGAAGAAUAGGUGUAUGAUUCUAAUGUAAAUAUUGGCAUAUUCAAUAUCAGGGAAGUUCGGAUAUGCUUGGUACUAAUGAAGCUUCAUUUCAGCUCCUGAUGAAUAAAAAGACGUUAUUAAACCUCACUAGGUUGUAUGAAAUAGGAUCUUACUUGCAUUCUUUCAUUUACACCAUGUUUUGGUCUCUGAGCUUGUAACUUGUUCAGUAGAACCUGUUUGUGCACAUAAUCUACUGUAAUAAAAAUCCUAGAAGCGACUAAGGUUGAUGAUGCUUUGUUAGCAUUAUUUGAAGUUGUUUGUACUAGAAAUAUAUCCGUUCUUGGUUCUACAUUCA